AUGGCAAUGCAAAGCCAGUACCCUUAUAGGCAAAUCCGCGCCGACUUCGACAAUGAUACUAUCACUGUCUACCAGGCAUACUCUCGUGACAUUGCAGACGCCGCGGUCCGGGAACAGAAACUUAAUGCAUCGCCAAAGUUCAAACUUGGUAGAAUGACCUGGGUCAAACCAAGCUGGGCAUGGAUGAUGUAUAGGGCCGGCUAUUCGUACAAGGAUCAUGGCCAAGCCCGCAUCUUAGCGCUAAAGAUGAAGCACGAAGACUUUUUAUCAUUGCUCGAAAACGGCACUCUUUCUACCCAUACAUCUCAGGCGCAGACUGUUUCCCCCGGAACCGUCAGAAUUCAAUGGGAUCCAGAGCGCACGCCGUCUCUCAAGAUGUUGCCUUACCGGAGCAUCCAGAUCGGAAUCGGAGCAAGUCUAAGUGAAACUUGGGCAACAAAAUGGAUUGUUUCAAUCGACGAUGUCACUGAUCGUGCUCAGAAACUAAAACAUACUCUUGAUACAAACCCAGAGAUGAGCCUACACAGACUGGUUGAGCUUGGUGUAGUGCCCUUGGAGCGGCCCUACCAAGUUCCAGAGCAACUGAUGAAGCGCCUGGAGAUGACACCAUUAGAAACGUGA